CAAAGAAAUUAACACGCAGUGCAUUGUGGGUAAAGCAGCCAUCUUGAUAACGCAGAACUUGUUUUGAAAAUCACGGAAAGAAGACUUUCCUCGCUAAAUUUGCUUUUCCACGCGUAUCCAGGAUGCCAGACCACUUAGGAUCCGAUCAGAGGAAGGUUAAAGGAGAAGAUAAGGAGGAAAAGCCGAUACAAUCUUUGGAUGAGGGUGACAUUGCAUUGCUAAAAACCUAUGGAGCGGGUGCCUACAGUAAGUCCAUCAAGUCCACAGAAGAUGACAUCACCAACCUGGCAAAGAAGAUCAAUGAACUCACAGGUAUUAAGGAAUCUGACACAGGCCUGGCACCCCCUGCUCUAUGGGACUUAGCGGCAGACAAGCAAACGUUACAGGGAGAACAACCGCUACAGGUGGCUCGCUGCACAAAAAUCAUCAAUGCAGAUAGUGAUGAUGCCAAGUACAUCAUCAAUGUCAAACAGUUUGCCAAGUUUGUGGUGGACUUGGCUGAGUCGGUGGCACCCACGGAUAUAGAGGAGGGCAUGAGAGUUGGCGUUGACAGGAACAAAUACCAGAUCCACAUCCCGCUGCCACCGAAAAUCGACCCAGCCGUUACCAUGUUACAGGUGGAAGAGAAACCCGAUGUGACGUACUCAGACGUUGGUGGCUGUAAGGAACAGAUAGAGAAACUGAGAGAAGUUGUAGAGACACCUCUGCUGCAUCCCGAACGGUUCGUGAACUUGGGCAUUGAACCUCCCAAGGGGGUCCUGCUGUUUGGUCCGCCCGGGACCGGGAAAACGCUGUGCGCCCGUGCCGUGGCCAACAGAACAGACGCGUGCUUCAUCCGCGUGAUCGGCUCGGAGCUGGUACAGAAGUAUGUUGGGGAGGGCGCUCGAAUGGUCCGAGAACUGUUUGAAAUGGCCAGGACUAAGAAAGCUUGCCUCAUCUUUUUUGAUGAGAUAGAUGCUAUUGGAGGUGCGCGGUUUGAUGACGGAGCGGGCGGAGACAACGAGGUCCAGCGAACCAUGCUGGAGCUGAUCAACCAAUUGGACGGCUUCGAUCCACGCGGGAACAUCAAGGUCCUGAUGGCGACCAACCGGCCGGACACGCUCGACCCCGCCCUGAUGAGGCCCGGCCGAUUGGACAGGAAAAUCGAGUUCGGUCUCCCGGAUCUGGAGGGCCGCUCCCACAUCUUUAAGAUCCAUGCGCGGUCCAUGAGCGUGGAGCGAGACAUCCGGUACGAGCUGCUGGCCAGGUUGUGUCCCAACAGCACAGGUGCUGAGAUCAGGAGCGUGUGUACGGAGGCGGGAAUGUUCGCCAUCCGCGCCAGGAGGAAGAUCGCUACCGAGAAGGACUUCCUCGAGGCCGUCAACAAAGUCAUCAAGUCCUACGCUAAGUUCAGCGCCACCCCUCGAUACAUGACCUACAACUAGAUACCACAAAGUUAUUGCGUACUCUCAUGAAAGCAAGAAUUAUAAUUGAUACUUUCUAGCGCUCCACACCUAUGGUAUCUUUCAUUUGAUUGACAGUCAAUCAAUGUCACAAGUGAGUGAUAUGGCAAGGUUACAAAAGUACAUGUUUUGAACUAAGGCUAGAGAAAAGAAAUUCAAAUAUUGUUAUGAUCAGACUGUAAAGAUUAUGUCUUUGAGGACAUUUCAUGACCAUUUGAAAUGUUUUUUUUUCCCCUCAGCAUUUACAUACUUACUAAUCUCAAACUUUCAAACGUUACAAGAGUACAAUAAAACUGUGUAUGGGCUGAUA